CGCGCCCGUCAAGUUCUCAGGCCUGCGUCACCGCUCCCCUGUAACCCUUUCUUGGCCCCCUUGCGCCCGCUCCACCCGGGACCUCUUGUUAAUCUCAGCCUCCUGGCUAUAACUGCGCAAUAUCUAGAACAAAUACUCCCAGGUGAUGGCACUCAUCGAAACUUUGACUCUGCCGCAGGCGGUUCUUGCGGUCGCAGGGCUAUACUUCGCAUGGACGCUGGCGCGCCCGUUCGUGGUGAAGACCGCGCUAGACAACCUCCCAGGCCCUCCGUCCACAUCCUUCCUAACAGGAAAUAUCACCCAGUUCGCGUCGCGCCACAGCUGGGAUUUCCGUGGCGAACUCGCGCGCAUGUACGGGCGCACCUCUGUGAUCCACGGGCUCUUCAACAAAAAAUGGCUGAUCACCCAUGAUCCCAAGGCGCUGCACCAUAUCUUCCUCAAAGAACAGGACGUCUACGGAGAGCCUAUCCUGAGUAUGCGCGUUUUGCUGGGUCCGGGGCUCCUCGGCACUGAAGGCGAUCAGCACCGCCGCCAGCGCAAGAUGCUCAACCCCGUCUUUUCGACGAAACAUCUGCGCGAAAUGACGCCUCUGUUCUACGAGAUCAUCCACAAGACCCGAGAUGCGAUGAUGUCGCGUGUGCGUGGCGGAGACAGGUCGGAGAAGACUUCUGGAACGGAACUCGACAUGCUUUCGUGGAUGGGCCGCACGACGCUGGAGGUGCUCGGCCAGGCCGGGCUCGGAUAUUCGUUCGACCCGCUCACGGAGGACGUCGCGGACGAGUUCGCGUCCGCCAUCAAGUCGUUUUUCCCACAGCUCGUGAAGUCGGUCGUCCCGCGCAUUUUCCUGCCCAUCGCGGUUAAGCUCGGCCCGGCCUCGUUCCGGCGGCGCGUCGUGGACAUGCUCCCGAGCCCGAACAUCCAGCGUAUGAAGGACAUCUCGGACAUCCUGCACGCGCGCUCUGUGCAGAUCUUCAACGAGAAGAAGGCGGCGCUCGCGCGUGGGGACGACGCGGUAAAGCACCAGAUCGGCGAGGGCCGCGACAUCAUGAGCAUCCUGCUGAGGGCAAACAUGACGGCCUCUGCGGAGGACAGGCUCUCGGACGAGGAGCUCAUCGGCCAAGUCUCAACGAUGAUCCUCGCGGGAAUGGACACCACGGCCAACUCGCUUGCGCGCAUUCUUGAGCGCCUCGCGGAGUACCCGGAAGUACAGGAGCGCCUCCGCGCGGAGAUCCUCGCCGCGGUCGAGGCCGAGGGACACGGUGACAUGCUUGAUUUCGACCGCCUCAUGGAGCUGCCUUACCUAGACGCAGUGUGCCGCGAGACGCUUCGGUUACACCCCGGCGUGGCAUUUAUCUUCCGGGAUGCGGAAAGAGACGCUGUCCUCCCGCUCAUCACCCCGGUGCGGGCGCUCGACGGUACACUCCUCUCCGCCAUCCCAGUGCCGAAGGGCACGCGCGUCGUCGGCGACGUCCACGCCUGCAACCGCGACCCCGUAACGUGGGGCCCCGACGCAGACCAGUGGCGGCCAGAACGGUGGAUCAACGGCCUGCCGAAGUCGGUCGAGGAGGCGCAUAUCCCCGGGGUGUAUUCGCACUUGAUGACGUUCAUCGGAGGGAGCAGAGCGUGCAUCGGCUUCAAGUUCGCGCAGGUCGAAAUCAAGACGGUCUUGCUCAUCAUGCUGCAAUCGUUUAAGUUUGAGUUGACGGAGAAGCCCAUCGUGUGGAACUUCGCGUCCGUGCAGUACCCGACCAUCGGGAAGGUGAGCACGGAGCCCGAGAUGCCUCUGAAGGUGUCGCCGUUGCUUCGACCCUGAAUGGCUCGGCAUACGAGAAGGGGUAGUGGCUGCCACCGGUUUGGAUAGUAGGGAUAAUUAUACCCUUGGGAUAUCUAGCUUGGAUACUCGAUAGACUCUAUAGACUGUGUUGUACGAUAGUUUUCCAAAGUUGCCGGCACUGUAUCCUACUUUCUAG